AUGCGUGGCGACUCAGUUAUCUGGUCUCUGGCCACGGUUGUACCGUUUCUGUCGACCGCUGUUGUGUCUCUGCAGGUUGUCAAGCGAGAUAAUCCGUCGGUUCUCGGAUUUGACAUCGAGCGUUUCCAGGCUGCGAAGCCAGUCCACAGAGAAAUUAUCGCUAAAAGAGCCUCUACCAAAACUGUCAGCCAGGAUCUGGAUAACCAGAAAAACCUAUACUUCUGCAACCUCACCAUAGGAACGCCUCCUCAGACGAUCAGAGCCCACAUCGACACCGGCAGUAGUGAUCUAUGGGUUAACACCGCGGAAUCGCUGUUCUGCAACUCGAGACGUGCGCCAUGCCGCCAGGGCGGAACUUACGACUCAUCCAGCUCUAGCUCCUACCAGCUUGUAAACAACGAUUUCAACAUCUCUUAUGUCGACGGAUCAGGCGCCAGCGGUGACUAUGUCACCGAUGUCUUAAACGUCGGAGGCAUCAAAUUGAAGGACUUCCAGUUUGCUAUCGGACACACCUCGUCCAGUCCCCUCGGUGUUUUGGGAAUUGGGUAUGAAGCUGGUGAAGCCCAGGUUACCAGGUCCGGUGACAAAUCAUAUCCUAACCUCCCUGCUGCCCUCGUCAAUGCCGGUUACAUUCGCUCUAAUGCCUACUCGCUCUGGCUUAACGACCUGGAUGCCAGCCGUGGCCAGAUCCUCUUCGGCGGCAUCGACACUGGCAAGUUUCAAGGCAAACUCCAAACCGUUCCCGUACUCCAUACCGCCAGGGGCGAUUACACUUCGCUUGUAGUAGCCCUGACGGGUGUUGGGAUCCGGGCUGGUUCUGACGGCAGUAUCAACUCAUUUGCAUCUCAGCCAGUCGCCGUUGCCAUGGACUCGGGCAGCAGUUUGAGUUAUCUUCCUGAUUCUCUCGCAGCCAAGGUCUAUAACGCUGUUGACGCCGUAUUCGACCCAUCCAACAACCUUGCAUUCGUUCCUUGCUCUAUGGCCAGCGACGACAGAAAAAUUGUUUUCACCUUCUCCUCCCCCCAGAUCGCAGUUGGCAUGGACGAGCUAGUCAUUGAUCUUGGACCAGACGCCGAUGGCAAUGAAGCCAAGUUCAAAGACGGUUCAAAGGCCUGUGUCUUUGGUAUUGCACCUGCCGGCAGUUCUAUCUCCAUUCUUGGUGAUACUGUGCUACGCAGCGCCUAUCUUGUCUAUGACCUCGUGAACAACGAGAUCUCCAUUGCGCCAACUCGUUUCAAUUCCACCGAGACAAACAUCCUGGAAAUCGGAACCGGCGAAAACAGCGUGCCUGAUGCUACGGGCGUGCCAGAUGCCGUUACAAGUGCUCAGAUAACCCAGGCUACCGGCCUUCCUGGAGUCCCUACUGGCGUCCCAAAACAACCAAGCUCCAUGGCCGCAGGUCAACCAAAGAGACCUGAUUUCAUCCUAGGCGUUGCUGCGGUUGGUUUGGCUAGUGCUGGCAUGCUCUUUGCUGCCAUGUAA